CGAGGCGGAGUUAUAGUUGCGGGUGCGCUGCUGUGUGUGAACCUCCACAUUCACUCUCUGCGUGUUUGUCGCGGUUGGACCGACGAGCUGCGUGUUUUAAAGCGUUACCGACCCGUGAAGAGGCGGAAACCGAGUGUGUAAAUAUGUAACCGGACAGACGGUGAACGUUUGAGUUUCCACCGAGACCAGAAAAGAUGGACUCUGCUGCGAAAAGCACCAAGAAGUUGUUGCUCCGAGGUCUGCUUUGGUGGUCGCUCCUGGUGCAAGUGGCGUCUGGGGCUUCCUUCUAUGGUGAUGGCUUUGUGCAGCUCAAGGCAGCAGAGUCGUCCGACCAUAAUGUGCUCCGUGUUCGCUUCCGGACCUCCAGCACCAACGGCCUGCUGUUUCUCGCCGCCGGUCAGACGAGCUACUUGCUACUGGAGCUCCAUGCUGGUCGCCUGCAGCUGAAACUGGACCUUGGAUCAGGGGAGUGGAUGUUGGAAUCGGAGCGAGGCACCCAGCUCAAUGAUCUGGCCUGGCACUCUGUGGAGGUUCACCAUGCGCAGCUCAACGUCACCCUGACUGUUGACAAAAACUCUCACACUAUUGUAAAGAUGCCAGGUUCCCAUCACAAUCUCAAAAUUUUAGAUGGUCUCUAUGUGGGAGGUUCAGGAGGCUUAGACAGACUUUACCUGCCCAGAAACCUGAUCGGCUUUCGAGGCUGCUUGGAGGAGGUGGUCUUCAACGAACAUGACAUACUGUCAUCACUGAGACCGUAUACUGGAUUCAAGAGUGUCCAUGAAGUGUCUUUAGGCUGCAGCCCCCAAUUCUUUGCCACUGAGGAGGAUCCCAUCAGCUUCUUCAGCUCCAGGGCUUACAUUUCCCUUCCAACCUGGAAUGCCCAACAGGAGGCUGUAUUUGAAUGUGUUGUGCACACUUCAGCUAAAGAGGGAAUUAUCCUCUACAAUUCAGCCAGAGAGGGGGAUUUUGUGGCUCUGGAGAUUCAGGAAGGUUUGCCAGUGGCCAUUGUUGGGAAAGGUGGAGCUAAAACUGAGCUCCAUUCACUCACAUUCAUCAAUGACAGGAAAUGGCACUCUAUCAAGAUGUAUUUUAGUUCCAAAAGCCUUGAAUUGACUGUUGAUGGAGAGAUGGUAAAAUGCAGCAUUAGCUCUCGUUCAAAGGGGCUUCAGCUUAAAGGUUAUCUGUUUGUAGGAGGUAUUGAUGACAGCACUAGAUUAGAAGCCAGAAAAGUGGGGAUCAUCUCUGUGUCUGGAAAGCGGGUCAGAGGAGGCUCUUUCAAAGGAUGUUUAAAGAACAUAGAAGUCAGCAGUGUCAAGAUGGGCCUCUCUAAUGCUGUAGUCACCAAAGAUAUCUCAGUUGGUUGUGAACCAGAAAAAGAACAAGAACCAUCAACUACUGUGAAUCCGACAAGUGCUCCAGGAUCCCUUUUUCACUUAGUGGCGCCAACACCAUCACUGUACAUGUCCACACUUGCAAGGGGCUUGGACAGAAGGUAUGGCUCAAAUUUUGUGCAGGUUAAAAACCUUGUAGUCCAAGAGGGUGGUCGAUCAUCUCUUGAUGCCAAACACAUCAAAGUUCUUUUAGACUUCAAAAAGCUCGGCAUUCGUCAGUCUCAAAUUACAUUCCGAAUUUGUGAGCAACCAGUUCGAGGUCAGAUAAGACUUGAUGUUGAUCAAGACCAAGAGGAAAACACCUUCAGCAUGUUGGACCUUUGGCAUGGGCGAGUCAUGUACAUCCAUGGAGGCUCUGAGGAACCAGAUGACUUCUUCAUGUUUUCAAUUUUUUCUAGUAGUAGAAAGCAAGUUCCUGACUAUCUGAAUGGUGACAAACUGUACCGUUAUAAUAUUUCUGUGACGCCCACCAACGAUGCACCUGAAUUGAGUCUACCUGAAGGGAAUCUCUUUGUCCUGUUGGAGAACUCAAAGAAACGCCUCACCACAGAUGUUCUGAAGGCCACAGACAUUGACAGCACCUACACCGACCUUGUCUUCUCUGUGCUUGGGAACCUGAAUGCUGAUGCAGGAUAUCUAGAAAUCGAAAACAAACCCGGCAAGGCAGUGACCUCAUUUUCAUAUACUGACUUGGAGGAGCUGAGGGUUUACUACGUUCACACAGGGGUUAGAAACUCAAGGAUAGUUCUUAGAGUUAGCGAUGGGGAAAAGGUCAGCAACACCGUAGUUCUAAGGGUCAUGGCUGUAGCACUGGAGUAUAAGAUUGCCAACAACACAGGCCUUGAGAUCGUUCAAGGAGAGGCAGCUAUAAUUGGUUCGAAGCAGUUGGCUGUGCAGACCAAUGCUGUGAAACAAGUUAUAGACAUCCGGUAUGAUAUCAUUGAAGCCCCACAGUAUGGAGAACUCCAGAGACUUCACUCAAGUGGCGAAUGGAGGCCCACUGACUCGUUUUCACAAAGACUUCUAGAAAAAGAACGUCUGAGGUACGUUAGCACUUUUCAAGAAAUCCAAACCACCAAUGCCACCGAUUACUUUAAGUGCAAAGUUAAUGUAGCUGCAAGGGCAACCACGGAAAUACUCUUCCCAAUCACAGUGCAGUGGGUGAAAUACCACAUGGUGAGGAAUGAUAUAAUAGAUUUGGAUAAAGUUAGAAAAGUGACACUGAACUCAGAAUCUCUUUUUGCCACAGUUGAAGGUGUGGGUCUCUCAGAGAAUGACCUUUAUUUUCGGGUUCUCACCACACCAAAGAAAGGAAAACUCUUACUGGACACCACAGUGCUGAAGAGGAACUCGACCUUCAGCCAGAAAGAUGUGACAGAUUUAAAAGUACAUUAUGAGCUAGUUGACAGACCAUAUGAAGGUACGACUGACAGGUUCAAAUUUCAGCUGGUUUCCAAACAUGCUCAGUCCCAGAAUUAUGAUUUCCAGUUUUCCAUCAAAGCUGAUGUGAACAGCGUGUUCAUAAAAAAUGAAGGACUUAUGCUUCAGGAAGGAGAAAGUAAACUUAUCACAAAGGAUGAGCUGUUUGCAGAGACUUUGAGUACAAAGGACAUGUUCUACACAGUCAUAGACAGCCCCAAACACGGAAAACUAGCCCGGAUCAGUCAGUCAAAUUCCAAUGCUAGCUAUGUCAACAUCUUAACCUUUAGCAAUCAGGAUAUAUUAGAUGAACGAAUAAUGUACAUUCACGAUGACAGUGAAACUACUCAAGACGAGUUCACUUUCAUAGCCUCCACCAACCAAGGCUUCAAAUCUUCCAUCACAGAUGAUGAAAUCGGCUCCAAAGAAGGAAUAUUCAACAUAUCUGUUCAGCUCGUCAAUGACCAAAAGCCAGUACGUGCUAUUGAUAAAGUUUUCCAUGUAGUAAGAGAUGGACAGAAAUUACUCACAAUUGAAGAUUUAUGCUAUCAUGAUGCCGACUCUGAUGACAGCCAGUUGAUUUACACACGACAUGGAAUCCCAAUGGGAGACCUGGUGCUAGUUAAUGACACCACUCAUCGGCUGUUCCAGUUUCGACAGAGGGAUUUGGAAGAAAAGCGAGUGUUGUUCAUUCACAAAGGUGUGAGCACUGGCAGGUUUGUACUCUUUGUCUCAGAUGGGAAACAUUUUGUAUCAAGCCUUUUAGACAUCAGUGCACAUGACCCUUUCUUGAAGAUUGGAAACAACACUGGCCUGUUGGUUCAGAAAGGACAAUCGGUGACAUUUUCCGCCAGCAAUUUUAGUGUCGUAUCAAAUUUGGACAUUAGAGAUGACAAGGAGGUCACCUUCAGGUUGGAUGAGGCUCCCAAGUAUGGAAGUCUUUAUCGUGACAAGGCAAAAGUGGAGUCAUUCACACAGCGUGACCUAAAGAACGGGCUGAUCUCCUAUCGGCACAAGGACAGCAAACAUCUGGCAGACCAUUUCAACUUAACAGUAAAAGCUAAAAGUCUUCAUCUUGCAGGGAGAAUCAAUGUGAAGGUUUACCUGGAAAGUCAUCAGAGGCCUCCCAUUGUCCAGCAUCACAACACUUUACUGGUGGAAGAGGGAAAACCAGGGAAGAUUGAUGAAGCUAUACUAGAGGUCACUCACGAGGACAACCUGCCAUCUGAGAUUGUAUUCACAGUCAAGGUAGCCCCGUCUCAUGGCUUUCUCCGGUGUUUUGUUGAAGCAGAGCAGCGCUACAUCGGAACCAAACAGUCCCCUGUCAACACUUUCACCCAAGACGAAAUAAACCGCGGGAACAUCCAGUACGUGCAGGUGGAGCCCAACAGAGUCAACGACACCUUCAUUCUGGAUGCCACCAACGGGGUCACUGACGUCAGCAGCAUAAGGAUGUCUGUUGACAUCAUCCCACGAUUCAUCCCACUUCAGGUCACCAACUUCACACUGAACGAAGGCGCCUCCAAGGCUCUGACUCAGGAUGUGCUUAAAGUCACCAACAGACACUUUUCUGGAAUCAACUUCUUUUAUAGUUUGACUGAACGUCCGCAGCACGGUCAUAUUGAGCACUCUCGACAUCCCGGUGUGCCUAUAACCACUUUCACAAGGAAACAGGUGGAACAUGAAUUCAUUUACUACGUCCAUGACGGCAGUGAAACUUUAGCUGACAAUUUCACUGUGGUGGCCAACGACACAAGCCUGAGGAAGCAGAGCACAGCUCAGACGGUGUACAUCCAGGUUACAGCUGUCAACGAUGAGCCUCCUGUUAUUACAGCCAACAGGGUCCUCAGGGUUUGGAUGUCUUCAGUGACAGAAAUCAGGUGUGAGGAUUUGAGAGCGCAAGACCUGGACUCGCCUCCAGAGGAGCUACACUUCAUGGUGACCCCACCCAGUAAUGGACACUUGGCCCUGAAGAGCGCCCCCAUGAGGGCAGUGCUCAACUUCACCCAGAAACACAUAGACCAGGGGCAGCUGCUGUUUGUGCACAAAGGUGCCAUGUCUGGAGGAUUCAACUUCCAAGUCAAUGAUGGUGUGAACUUUACUCCAAGGCAGAUCUUCAGCAUCACUGCCAAAGCCUUAGUUCUCAGUUUAGAGAGAAACCGUCCACUUAAGGUGUUUCCAGGCUCUUCUCGACCAGUCACAAAUGAGGAUUUACAAGCAGUGACCAAUGACAUCAGCAACAACUCAAACCGCAUCGUUACGUUCAGUGUGAUUCGGCAUCCUAAGCUGGGGCGUCUGGUGGCGAGGCAGCCUGAUAAUUCAACAGUAGACAUCUCCACUUUCACGCAAGAUAUGGUGGACAAGAAAGAGGUUUUGUACAUUCAGACUCCCAUCGAGUCAGUGGGCUGGGAAGCCAUGGACUCUAUGACCUUCACUGUAGCAUCGCCGCCUGCUACUUUGGACAGUCAGACCUUCAAAGUAGACAUCUCCUAUGAGAAUACUGGACCUGAACACAACACAGUCCUGCUUGCUAACACAGGUGCUGAAGUGACAGAAGGGGAGAGCAUCGUCAUCGAUGAGUCCAAGCUCGAUGCCUCUAACCUGAUGUCCAAGCUGCCGGUGCCCCAGCGGAGCUCCCACGAGGUCUGGUUUCAGGUGACAUCUCUGCCUCAGCACGGUGUCAUUGUGGUGGGUGAAAGAAACCUCACUAAAGAGAAACCCAACUUCUCCCAAUUCAUUGUCAACAAAUACGGAAUCACGUACAAGCAUGACAACUCAGAGACGACUCGUGAUUCUUUUGAAUUCAGUGCAUGGUUAAAUGCGAAGGGCAAAACCGCACAACGCCCUGAAUAUGAUGAUGACGUUGUUGUCGAGCGUUUUAACAUCACAGUCACACCUGUGAAUGAUCAGCCACCUUUACUGAAAACCAAAGCUCCAAGUCUGAAGGUUGUACAAGGAGAUACAGUAGUCCUCAAGCCUGAGAAUCUCAAAGUUGAAGACCUGGACAAUCUUCCUGAGGAUAUUAAGUUCUCCGUGAUUAGCAAGCCAAGCAAUGGUUACCUAGCGCUUGAAGGACGUUUGAAUGAGUCGAUAGUGGCUUUCACCCAAGCCCAAAUCAAUAACAAAAGCGUUUAUUUUGUCCAUGAUGGAAGCUCUGUUUCAGGGGUGUUCUACUUCAGCGUCACAGAUGGCCAUCAUAAACCAAUAUAUAAACUCUUUAACCUAGAAGUAACUGAAAUUCUCAUUUCUCUGGUCAACUACACUGGAUUAACACUGCUGCAAGGAAAGACUUCAGUAUCUCUGAUCCAGGACAACCUUGCUGCUGAGACCAAUGGGAAAAAUGUCACCAUUCACUACCAGAUUACAAAGCCUCCCAAGUUUGGAAAACUUCUAAAGGACAACCAAGAGGUUACAGAAUUCAAACAGGAGGAUCUGCAGGCUGGAAGAUUGUCUUAUCAUAUGACCUCCCUUUCCUCUGCUCAGGACAGCUUUGAGUUCACCGCUUUCACUUCAGAAGCAAAUCUAACUGGCCAAGUGCUUAAUAUAACUGUCAAACCUUUGAUCCAGGUUGGCAGAGGUUUAAGGAUUCCCAAUGGGAUUACUGUCAAACUCAACACUGGCUUUUUUAAUGCCACUGAACUGGCAAGUAUAAGUGACAGUGACCCUGUUUUUGAAGUGAUAUCCCAUCCUAAGUAUGGGAAAGUGGUUCACACAAAACCUAAACUCUCCAGUAAAGCUUUACCAGCUGAGUCCUUCACCUUUCAGGAGGUGAUGCAGGAGAAGGUGGCUUUGGAGCUGAAUGCCAACAUGACUGGAGUUCAAGAGCUAAAUGACUCAUUAGUGUUUGUACUAAAAGCUGACAACCUCCAACCUGCUAAAGGGGAAUUCCACUUCACAGUUGUGCCAUAUGAUUCAGCACUUUUUCCAACCAUAAACAGCCCUGUUCCAACCACAUCACCUGUUCCUCGGACACCAAUCAAGACCACCAGAAAUGGGACUACUUCACCGGUGCCGUCUACAGUUUUCCACUCCCCGCAGCAGCCGAGUAAAAACCAGCAAAAAUUCAAGGGACGUAACCGCUGGGGAAACUCCAACAGAACUAGCAUUUUCAGCACGACUCUUGGCAAACCGCCUCAAACUGAGGAGUUCCCCUUCAGAAACACGCCAGUUCGUGUAGAGUCCUACCCUCAAAAAACCUCCAACCCCCUCCUGGUCAUCUUACCGCUGCUGGCCCUGCUGCUGCUUGUCAUCAUCUUUGUGGUCCUAGUUGUCUUUCUUCGACACCACAGGCAGAGGAAACAGAGCACUGCUGCACCACAGAGCUCUGCCCCCGCUGAGCUUCCAAGCAGUCAGUCUUACCAGGGGCAACCCCAGAGGAGCACAACAGUUCCUACGGUGACCGUCACUCCUUUAAACCCCACCUGCCCAGGCAGCCCUGUUUUUGAUCGCUUGUUGACACCAAAUCAGGGCUCUACUUAUAACACCAUCGACUCCAACAUUCUCCUAAGUUCUUGGAGUACUGGUUCUCCUGCAGCAUCUUCCCAAAUUAUUACCACGGCCACUCCCACCCUGCAGAAGAAUCAGUACUGGGUAUGAUCGUCCACAGAACAAUUUGGUUGCUAAAAAUGUUGGAGAAUCACAGGUACAGGUUUUAAAAAGGGAUUAAAAUGUGGUUGUGUACUUAAAGGAAGCUGUUGCAGGUACUAAUAAAUAUUGUCCUGUGUAAAGUUUAACUCUUAUCACCCAAAACUGCAGACUUAUGGAUGCUUUUGACCUCUAUGGGUAUGUUUUCGAUCAGACAUUACUAUUUUAUUUCAGCAUUUUUAGGUGUACAAGACCCAUUUCCUGCAGCAACAGACAACAAUCAUAAUCACAACCAGGCAACUAGCUGAGAAAGGAGCUGAAGACCAGUGGCUUUUAUCAACAGCUAGUGGAGGCGAAAGUAGAGGUAAAAAGUCACAGUAAUAUUUAUCUGUGUGUACCAGUGGUGUAAUUUUAUACAGACAUACUGCUGUAUAUCAAGUCUACAUGUUUGACUCCCCAUAGAGGCCAAAAUUACUCCAACAGCUUUAAAGACGCAUAAAGAAUAAAAGCACUUUGGCCAAAAGUCAGAAUAAGGGCACCUUUGAGUUUUGGACAAUCCAUUCAAAAUUCAACAACCCCUAUAUGUUGAGUUUGCUGGAACAGAAUUUUAAGCAGUUACAAAGUGACAUCAUUGUAGUAAAUUAUAAACUAUGUUUGUGCCUAAUAUAUGUUUAAUCACUAUUGUUAACUGGUUCUCAUGCAUGUUGAAGUUUCUCCCAGUAAAGAUUAUGAUCAUCAGAGGGGAAGAUGAUGUUAAUACCAGCUUGAAACUGUGAAUUACUAAGACUGACACUGGUACACACAUGUAUUAUCCAACCAUUUCAAUUGAUUGUGCAGACUUUGUAUUGUUUUUAUGUGUUAUGCAUUAUAAAAUAGCAUUUUUUUUGUAAACUCAGGUAUUCUGUUAACUUCAUUUUUCCUUUACUAGGGGUUGCACAUAUUGUCAGUUACUAAAUAUGGUAAAGUUCUGUGCUACAAAUGGCUGGUUUUGUAGAACCAAUGUUGUCAGUUUAACUGUCAACGCGGCUUCGCCUUUAUUUUUAUUUUACUGUGCACAGUAUUUUUGUAUUUUAAAGAAGCAGGUUCAUAAAAAUCAAGGCACUGAUCUGAACUAUUCAACACAUCUACACUGUAUUCGUUCAACCUUGACCUCAGAAAAAUUCAAACCCAAUCAUCCUUCUGCAAUUUAUUAACAGGCUCAUUUACAGAUUAACCCUCCUGACAUUUAUGGGCACCCAAAAAAGCGUUUCCUUGUCUGAAAAAAUCCAAAAAUGCAGCAAAAACUUCCCAAAUUUUUUUGAAAAUUUGCAAAAACCUUCAGGAAGAAAAUUCCAAUAAUUCCUUAAACAUUUCCCAGAAAAAUUUUAUUUAAAAAAAAAUCCCCCAAAUGUGACAAGAAAAUUCUUGUAAAUAUUUUCCAAAAAAUUAGUAAAAAUCUUCCAAAAAAAUCCUAAAAGUAUCUAAAAUGAUUACAUAUAUAUAUCGGUAAAACUUCCAGUAUUUUCUUUAAGAACAUUCACAAAAAAUCAUUUUUUUUUGUCAAUGUUCUUAGAAAAAUUUUCAACAUUCCUUUGUUUUCCACCAAAAAAUGUUGAAAAUGUGGACAUCAGAAGUCUCACUGUGAAAAUAUUUUUUUUUCCCACAUUUUCAAACUUUAAAAUGGGUCAAUUUUGACCCGCAAGACAACACGAAGGUUACCAAAUAAGAGGAACCACACACUUUUUGGAAGAUUUGGCUGCUAACCAUAGAUCACUCAUUAAUCUGCAACUGGGAAGGACCUGAAGUGAGGCAUUAUGUGUCUAUCAACAGAAAAAAUCGUCUUUUUGCUUAUUUGACCAGUGAUUCUUAGCAUUUUUGUAAUUUUUAAACUACUAACAGGUCUUUCCCAGACAAACAGGAACCUUUGUUUAACUGAAAUGAGCUGGUAUUUAUAUGAAUUAUUUAUCUCUGGUAAGCCUGUUUAACCGGUCCUCCAAUUAUUGACAUUAUCUACUCUAGUCUGACACUGUAAUGGCGUAUCUGCUGGAAAUGAACGGUACUGCUCGGACAUGAUCUGACAAGUAGUAGGAGAUGAGAAACUGUCACAGAAAGCCACUGUAAACUUGUAUGUUAUGAAAUCAUUUUGUACUGAAGAGAAUUGUCUAUCCUGUGUAUUCUAGUCUCAUCUGAAUGAUGUAACUUAGGAUGUAACAGAAGUGUCAUAUUUAUUUAUACCAUAUUUUUAAUAAACCACUUUAAAAUGA